GUUUGUGAAUCCCAAUCGCGUGAUAAAUCAUCCAGCAUUCCCAAGGAGCAGCCACCCAAAACGCCGACUACCGACCUCCGACAUCAUGUACGAGCGCCCGCAUUCACUAUCGUCGCAACUCUUGCGGCACAAUCAUUCGUGCCUUUCACCUAACCGAAGUGAAGGCUACAAUAUUAAUCGUUGCGGCUCCUUCACUUCGCUUGCGUUUAAAUCUUACUCAAACCCUCUCUCCCUCUGAGAACGAAGCAUAGCUGCUCUCCAACUCCACCCAGAGCUGUCGCGACUAGGCUGAGCUCUGCUUCCCAUGCUGUUCACAAGGCGAUACGCAGCACUCCAAUACAACCGCAUGUGAUACCAACUGCCAGGACUAAUUGGACUCUGUUGACGCGAGUGAAGGACAAAGACUGCUGCAGCAAAGAAUCAUGGAUGCUGAUACCGAUUCCAGCACCUCCGUCAGCCGCGAAACCAGCCCAGACGCCGCAAGACCCAAUGGCACCCAGCGCGACGGAGAUAUUACGAUGUCUGAGCCCAUAGUACAAGACUCGCCAUUCCUAAGGCUUCCAGUCGAUAUCUUCAAGUGUAUCUCCGAUUACCUCGACCGAGACUCCGCAUGGUCCCUCAAGCGCCUGUGUAAGGGCAUGUCGCAGUCCAAAUUGGUGAACGAGCUAUUAUACAAAUACCCCUUGCAGUGGAACGAUGUUAGCGACCUCUGUCUAAGAGAUUGGAAGUAUGGACCUACAGGACAACAACGAUGGGAGGCUUUCCAAGAGUCCAUCGACGAUAGCAACAGGAAUUAUGUGCAUAGGCUUUCCAUGUCUCACUGGAGCAGCAUACAAGACUUUCGGUGGAUCGAGGAGAAUCUCCCCAGCCUCACAUGCUUAGAUAUUUCAAGUAUCAAAGACUUUGUUUGGACUCCGGAAGAGACAUGGACAUGGACGGAGCUUGCGAACGCCUGCCCCAAGCUCUUUGGCCGGCUCGAGGAGCUCGAGGUGGCAAACUGGGCUGAUUACACCAAUCACUCACGCAUUUCUUACGCUUAUUCAUACGAGGACUACAGGUUCAAGACGAAGUUCAGACUCUCACGGCGUCAGGGCGGUGGUUCCGUGGCCAAGAUACUCUUCCCCAUCUGCACCACGCUGAAGACACUUUCGAUCCGCGAAAAGUACUCUGGAUACCAUAGUUGGGAUGAGUUCGAAGUUCACCAAAGAGUUUGCUUGCUGGUGAACGGAAUCGAAGAGAAUUGCCCGCCAACCUUGACAAAACUUCGCGUAUAUGAUUUCGGACCGUACAGGUCACUGUUCUGCACAGAUGUUACCAGCUGGGGAAGGCUACAUGACAUCGAGAUUAGCCUGUAUGACUGGCUAGAUGGUGGCCGAGGUCCGCGUGAGCUAUUCGCACCUAUACCCUACCGCAUAAUGCCUGGUGAUCAUCGCCGAGAGGAUGAAGAGGUCUUUGACGACAAAACAUUCGAAACGUGUGGGCGAAAUCACAUGGAAGUAGGAAAACAGGUUGUGUCGGGUGUGAACGCAUCUUUCAUUGAUGUUCUUCAGAAUCUUCGGACUAGUACUCAGAAGUUUUCCAACAUCAAGGUCACACCCAUGAGCUUCCGCCGUAGUAUGGAGUAUCAGCCCCUCCAACUCAUCAAUGCCAGUCAUAGGCGUAGGCAUGUUGCCGCGACUCCGGUCCUGGUGCUACCGCCGCCCGCCGAUCCCAUUUCCAGUCCAGAUGUACAGGAUGCUUUACGCUGGCUGGCUCAAACGUGUGGUUGGAAACCAGCAUUGUCUUGGGAGUCCUUGAUGUGCGAUGUGUACCCAGAAAAUUUGGACUCGAGAUAUCUCCUCCCAAAGGUAGAUCUUAUUGCGAGGAUCGAAGCGAUGAUGCGAAUACUCAAAUCCAUCGACAUUCCUAUCAGGUUGCUCAUUGGUAGCCGCAGAGACUACAAUGCGCCCGAGGUUUGUCUCUUCUUUGGAGAUUACAAGAGUUUCGAGGGUGAGGGUGAAGGCAGAAGGGAAGUUCUAGCGCCCACACAAGCACGAUGCAAUCUGUCCGGUGUAGCGGAGCUCGUUGAUGAGCUGACCAUCAGUUACCCCUAUGACGUACCUGGUGUAGCAACAUGGAAUCGCUCCAAGCGAGCAAGCGACGCCGAAAAGCAGCUCAUCGAUCGAGAAAAGGUUGGAUGGCGCCGCUUCUGGAAGCGAUACGCUCUCAAGUUCAAGAACCUCAAAAAAUUGACCGUCACCGUGCCGCUUGAGUUAUACAACGAUUGGGUACAGUCGCAGGAAUUUGCGGAGCUGCUGGCCGACAAAGGCUGGGAGAUGCUGACACUCGAUGACCAAAGUGCACCUGUCACCGACAUAAUGUCGAGGACCUAUCCGAUCACCUUCCAGAAGUUCAGCUUUGUCAGGAAGCGCCACUGCAUGGAGUUUGUACGAAGAGUAUUCUUCCGAGAAGACACACAAGAGCUGCAUCUCAACGCUCCAAAUCUCACAUCUGAGCAGCUCGAAGGUAGAGAGAUCUUGGACAGCGAAAUUGCUGAUCUGGACAAUCCACCCGCACACCGGUUCUGGCCCGCUACAUCUAGGAAAGCAGAAAGGGUGCUCAAGAGGAAGUCCGAGCAUGAUGGUCCAGAAUCCUCGGCGAAGAGGCCGACUCUGGAGACAUCGUAAUCUAUCUACUACACAUUUAGCGGUGUAUGCAACCGUUCCUUUUGAGGGUUUUAUAUUCAUAACUCUUCGGAGUUCUUUUUUGCCGAGAUACUGGAAGCGGCGACAAUUGCAUUUUCUUUACCGUGCAAUAUGAAAUGCGCGGACAAUCAUUAGUAUAAUUAUUAUUUCAGGAACGAAUUUCAUUGAUAUGUCAAUA